CCGAGACCAUUUUUUGUGGUGUUUGUUAUGGUGCGAGGAUAUCUCAGCAUCUAGCAACAAAAGCGUUUCGCCCUACACUGUUAUAUAAACAGUGUUUAGUUGUUGUUUUGACAAGUUGUCUGUGGCUGUAGCGUUUAGCUACUUUUCCCAAAUUAUUGCUAUUUGAUUCUCGAAGAUAUAGGCAUGGCGCAGUACAAAGGAGCAGCAAGCGAGGCUGGAAGAGCCAUGCAGCUGAUAAAAAAGCGUGAAAAGGAAAGAGAACAACUUUCACAGCUAAAGGAGAAAAUUGCUCAGGUCAGUCACUUGUUAGCUAAGUUAGCUAUGUAAUAUUCUUGCUUAUUCACUGCUAUCUAGUUACUGAAAGCCAUCAAACGAACAGGAAUAAUAUUCAUGCUUAUUCACUGCUAUCUAGUUACUAAAAGACAUCAAACGAACAACCUAUAGCCAUUGUGCAAGACUGUGUACAGUAGUAGCUUUAACGUACCUAGCUAUGUGUCCCCUCUUACUAUCUGAAUAUCUCCUGCAGGACAAUAUGGUCAAGUCUAACAUCGACAAGAAGUUCUCAGCUCAUUAUGAUGCGGUGGAAGCAGAGCUCAAAUCCAGCACUGUUGGUAAGUAUAGUAUGGGACUUCUGCAUGUCAGACUUUACUUUUUAUAAGGAAAUAAUUGUGAAGAACACAGUCUUACUGCAAUACUGUCUUCCCUUGUCAGGUCUGGUGACACUCAAUGAUAUGAAGGCCAGGCAGGAGGCUCUUGUGAAAGAACGAGAAAAGCAACUGGCCAAGAAGGAGCAAUCAAAGGAGUUGAUGCUGUGAGUUACUGUAUUCCCAGAGUUACUGUAUACCCCGAGUUACUGUAUUCCCAGAGUUACUGUAUUCCCUGCCUCUUAUGUCUGUUAUGAUCUCUCAAUGACCCCUGAGUAUGGGGCGAAGUCUUCUGUCGAAAGCUGUUGUCAGUGUCUCGUCUCUGCUCUCUUUCUGUCUACCUUCAGGAAGCUGUUGUCAGUGUCUUGUCUCUGCUCUCUUUCUGUCUACCUUCAGAAAGCUGUCAGUGUCUCUGCUCUCUUUCUGUCUACCUUCAGAAAGCUGUUGUCAGUGUCUCUGCUCUCUUUCUGUCUACCUUCAGGAAGCUGUUGUCAGUGUCUUGUCUCUGCUCUCUUUCUGUCUACCUUCAGAAAGCUGUUGUCAGUGUCUCUCUUUCUGUCUACCUUCAGAAAGCUGUUGUCAGUGUCUCGUCUCUCUUUCUGUCUACCUUCAGGAAGCUGUUGUCAGUGUCUCGUCUCUGCUCUCUUUCUGUCCACCUUCAGAAAGCUGUUGUCAGUGUCUCUCUUUCUGUCUACCUUCAGGAAGCUGUUGUCAGUGUCUCGUCUCUGCUCUCUUUCUGUCUACCUUCAGGAAGCUGGAGAAGCAGAAGGAGAAGAAGAGAAAGGAAGAGCAGAAGAGAAAGAUAGCCAGUUUAUCCUUUAAUCCUGAAGAUGAAGAGGAGGAGGAAGAUGAGGAGACAGAGGAGGAGGAGGAGGAAGAGGACUGUGAGUGGUGUUCAUAAUAAAUCUGUUCUUUAUAGCCACAAGACUGUCUAAGAACAAUCAAGGAAUACUGACCUUUAUCUUCCAAAGAUUUCCCUGCUAAGAAGAAGAAGCUAGGGAAGAAUCCAGAUGUGGACACCAGUUUCCUGCCUGACCGGGACAGAGAGGUGAGCCUUAUGCAGAUAACACCAGUCACACUCAUUUUCUCCAAAUCAAACCUCUCACAUUGAAAUCUCGCCUGCAUAUAAAGAAAGAGUUCUCUUUAUUUCUAUUUAUGAAGGAUGCCCAUUAGUUCCUGCCAAGGCAGCAGCUACUCUUCCCGGGGACCAGCAACAUUAGGGCAGUUAUAUACUAUUUAAAAUAUUUGUAUAAUUUUCACAACACAUUAAGUGUGUUCCCUCAAACCAAUCUGGUUAUACUGCUUGCAUCAGUUACCUGAUGUGGAAUAGAUUUCAGUGUAGUCAUGGCUCUAUGUUGUACUGUGCGCCUCCCAUAGUCUGUUCUUGACUUGGGGAUUGUGAAGAGACCUUUGGUGGCAUGUCUUGUGGGGUAUGCAUGGGUGUCUGAGCUGUUUGCUAGUAGGUUAAACAGACACCUCGGUGCAUUCAGCAUGUCAACACUUCUUACAAAAACAAGUAGUGAUGAAGUCAAUCUCUCCUCCACUUUGAGCCAGGAGAGAUUGACAUGUAUAUUAAUAAUGUUAGCUCUAUGUGUACAUUUAAGGGCCAGCCGUGCUGCCCUGUUCUGAGCCAAUAGUCAUUUUCUGAAGUCCCUCUUUGUGGCACCUGACCACACAGCUGAACAGUAGUCCAGGUGCAACAAAACUAGAGCCUGUAGGACCUGCCUUGUUGCUAGUGUUGUUAAAAAGGCGGAGCAGCGUUUUAUUAUGGACAGGUUUCUCCCCAUCUUAGCUACUGUUGUAUCAACAUGUUUUUACCAUAACAGUUUACAAUCCAGGGUUUCUCCAAGCAGUUUAGUCACCUCAACUUGCUCAAUUUCCACAUGUAUUUAUUUCAAGAUUUAGUUGAGGUUUAGGGUUUAGUGAAUGAUUUGUCCCAAAUACAAUGCUUUUAGUUUUAGAAAUAUUUAGGACUAACUUAUUCCUUGCCACCCAUUCUGAAACUAACUGCAGCUCUUUAAGUGUUGCAGUGAUUCCACUCACUGUAGUAGCUGACGUGUAUAGUGUUGAGUUAUCCGCAUACAUAGACACACUGGCUUGACUCAAAGCCAGUGGCAUGUCAUUAGUAAAUAAUGAAAAAAGUAAGGGGACUAGACAGCUACUCUGGGGAAUUCCUAAUUCUACUUGGAAUAUGUUGGAGAGGCUUCCAUUAAAGAAUACCCUCUGUGUUCUGUUAGACAGGUAACUCUUUAUCCACAAUAUAGCAGGGUGUGUAAAGCCAUAACCCAUAUGUUUUUCCAUCAGCAGACUAUCGAUAAUGUCAAAAGCCGCACUGAAGUCUAACAAAACAGCUCCCACAAUCUUUUUAUCAUAAAUUUCUCUCAGCCAAUCAUCAGUCAUUUAAAUUUGUGUAAGGGCCGUGCUUGUUGAAUGUCCUUCCCUACAAGCAUGCUAAAAUUCUGUUAUCAAUUUGUUUACAGUAAAAUAGCAUUGUAUCUGGUCAAACACAAUUUCCCCCAAAAGUUUACAAAGGGUUGGUAACAGGCUGAUUGGUCGGCUAUAUGAGCCAGUAAAGGGGGCUUUACUAUUCUUGGGUAGCGGAAUUACUUUAGCUUUCCUCCAGGCCUGAGGGCACACACUUUCUAGUAGGCUUAAAUUGAAGAUGUGGCAAAAUCGUCCACUAUUAUCCUCAGUAAUUUUCCAUCCAAGUUGUCAGACGCCGGUGACUUGUCAUUGUUGAUAGACAACAAUAAUUUUUUCACCUCUUCAACACACACUUUACAGGAAUCACUACAGAACUUAUUGUAUGACCUCUUAUACACAAUAUUAGGCCCAGCCUUUGGAACUUUGGUUUUCCUAGAUAUGGCUACUAUAUUGUGAUCACUACAUCCGAUGGAUUUGGAUAUAUACCUCUCUGUUGAUAUCACAUAUAUUAUCAAGCAUUUCACACGUAAUCCAGAUACUGACUGUUAGCACUUGGUGGUCUAUAGCAGAUUCCCACAAGAAUGGGCUUUAGGUGAAGCAGAUGAACCUGUAGGCAUAUUACUUCAACAGUGUUUAACAUGAGAUCAUCUUUAAGCUUUACAUGAAUGUGGUUCUGAAUAUAAACGGCAACACCUCCACCAUUGGCAUUUCUGUCUUUUCUGUAGAUGUUAUAACCAUGUAUUGCUACCACUGUAUCAUCAAAAGUAUUAUCUAAGUGAGUUCCAGAGAUUGUCAGAAUAAGAAUGUCAUCUGUUACUUGCUAAUUAUUUAUUUCAUGAACUUAAGCUUCUUAAGCUACAUGACAAUGACAACAGUAUAACUCUGGUUCAACAUUGUCAAUAAAUGUUACACCCAAAGAGCUGCAAUAGUCACAUAGCCAGUUAGGGAGGGCGGAGGGCCAGAAAUUAUGGGGUGUUUGUUGGUGUCAAGCAGAGACCCAAUCAGUUCUUUAAAAUCCAUCUUCAGCUGUUCUGAGCUGCCCUUCAUAAUGUUAUUGAAUCCCACAUGAACUAUGAUAGACUCCGUGUCCUGAUGCAGGUUGAAAUGUUUGGGAGCAGCUUAUUGAUGUCCUGUACUCGUGCUCCUGGAUAGUACAACGUUUUUACUCCAGGGGCUGAGUCAUUUCUCACCGUUGAACUGCCCAAUACAACAGCCAGAGAAGGGGAUGGAGAAACCAUUCCUACCCCUUUGACUCCUGUCCAUAAUGCACAGAGGAUACACUAUAUAAAUGUCCUACAUAUACACACACACAGAGCCCAAGCUUAAAAUGUGUUCAUUAUUGUGAGUUUAGGAGGAGGAGAAUCGUCUUCGAGAGGAACUGCGCCAGGAGUGGGAGGGAAAGCAAGAAAAGAUUAAGGGUAGGUUUGAUAAUAAAUAUCCAUGACGAUGACAUCCACUGCCCUUCCAUUGGUCCCUAUGGUACAUCCACUGCCCUGCCAUUGGUCCCUAUGGUACAUCCACUGCCCUGCCAUUGGUCCCUAUGGUACAUCCACUGCCCUGCCAUUGGUCCCUAUGGUACAUCCACUGCCCUGCCAUUGGUCCCUAUGGUACAUCCACUGCCCUGCCAUUGGUCCCUAUGGUACAUCCACUGCCCUGCCAUUGGUCCCUAUGGUACAUCCACUGCCCUUCUAUUGGUCCCUAUGGUACAUCCACUGCCCUUCUAUUGGUCCCUAUGGUACAUCCACUGCCCUUCUAUAUUGGUCCCUAUGGUACAUCCACUGCCCUUCUAUUGGUCCCUAUGGUACAUCCACUGCCCUUCUAUUGGUCCCUAUGGUACAUCCACUGCCCUUCUGUUGGUCCCUAUGGUACAUCCACUGCCCUGCCAUUGGUCCCUAUGGUACAUCCACUGCCCUUCUAUUGGUCCCUAUGGUACAUCCACUGCCCUUCUAUUGGUCCCUAUGGUACAUCCACUGCCCUUCUGUUGGUCCCUAUGGUACAUCCACUGCCCUGCCAUUGGUCCCUAUGGUACAUCCACUGCCCUUCUAUUGGUCCCUAUAGUAUAUCCACUGCCCUUCUAUUGGUCCCUAUGGUACAUCCACUGCCCUUCUAUUGGUCCCUAUAGUACAUCCACUGCCCUGCCAUUGGUCCCUAUGGUACAUCCACUGCCCUUCUAUUGGUCCCUGUGGUACAUCCACUGCCCUUCUAUAUUGGUCCCUAUGGUACAUCCACUGCCCUGCCAUUGGUCCCUAUGGUACAUCCACUGCCCUUCUAUAUUGGUCCCUAUGGUACAUCCACUGCCCUGCCAUUGGUCCCUAUGGUACAUCCACUGCCCUUCUGUUGGUCCCUAUGGUAAUGAUGAGGUUAAAUGAAAAGUUCACUACCCUGCUAGUUGCAACCUUACCAUGAUAAUGACACUUAUUGAUAAUGCCAUUAUAAUGACAUAUUCAUCUUCCAUACAGGUGAAGAAAUUGAGAUCACAUUCUCCUACUGGGAUGGAUCGGGGCAUCGUAAGACUGUCAAGGUACAGUAAGAGAAAACCGAUUGUUUAGCAAUGGAUGUGCUGCUGGCAAGCAUUAACUUUGGUCCCAUGAGGUAUACCUGUAUACUAUAGCAUGUAUCAGUAUGCAUCGUUUUGUGUUUACUACAGAUGAAGAAAGGCAACACCAUGCAGCAGUUCCUUCAGAAAGCACUGGAGGUCCUGAGGAAAGAUUUCAGUGAGCUCAGGUAAGAGGUGAUUUGAUAAGUGACUGAAGCAGUGGCUUUGGUUUUAUCCAGGGGGUAUUCACUAGAAAACAGAAGCAAACUGAAUGAAACGGAGAGGGACCUACCUGAAUUUGUCCAAUAAAAAAACGUGCGUUUUCGUUUUCAAAACCUUUUCCAGUUUGGAGUAAACGGAUUCCUUUGCAAAACGUUUGCAACUGUUUGCUACGGUCUUCGUCUAAUGAAUACACCCUAGGUUUAUAGUGUCCGUCCGGCAGCCAGUGCCCAUUGGCACUAACAUUAUAGGAUUUCCCUUGACUUUAUUCUUUAUGAAGGAAGGUUGUAAAAUGUUGGGUGUUCUUUGUAGGGCUGCUGGUGUCGAGCAGCUGAUGUACAUCAAAGAAGAUCUGAUCAUACCACAUGUGAGUACUGCUGGACUCGUACAUCAAUCCGAACUAUUAUACAUUUACAGCUCUUCAUAUUAAAUUGGAACAAUUAUCUCUGUUUUCUCUUCUAGAAUCACAGUUAAUUAUCUCUGUUUUCUCUUCUAGAAUCACAGUUAAUUAUCUCUGUUUUCUCUUCUAGCAUCACAGUUAAUUAUCUCUGUUUUCUCUUCUAGCAUCACAGUUAAUUAUCUCUGUUUUCUCUUCUAGCAUCACAGUUUCUAUGACUUCAUUGUGACAAAAGCUCGAGGCAAAUCUGGUGAGGUCAAAGGUCAUCUCAAAUCUACAGUAUAUUGAAAUAUGUAUGUAACUUCACUGAAGGGAUUUUUUUUUUUUUUUUUUUUUUUUUUUUACUUUAUUCCACUACAGGUCCACUCUUCAGCUUUGAUGUCCACGAUGACAUUCGGCUGGUGAAUGACGCCACUGUUGAAAAAGAUGAGGUUAGGAGAUCCAUCCGUAUUUGUUUAAUUACAAUUAAUAUACUAUUCAAUUUCCAAGUGUGUUUGAUACUUAUUCGAAUCGAAGGCAUUUGCCAGCGCAGCUUUAACAGUAAUGAGCGUCCUUGGUGUGUCGUAGUCUCACGCAGGUAAAGUGGUGCUGAGGUGCUGGUAUGAAAAGAACAAGCACAUCUUCCCCGCCAGUCGCUGGGAGCCCUACGACCCAGAGAAGAAAUGGGACAAAUACACCGUGAGUGGUUAUCGCUAACCUUGACACACUGCCAAUAUCUACAUUGGAAUAUUAUAAUUGCUUUCUUUUUAUAGUUUUAUCAAACGAUCUGAUUCGUAUUCUAGGUUUAUGUAGAGUGUGAUGUAAUAGUUCCUCCUGUGGCCAAUCGCACGUCACGGUGUACAAAUUAAUCAUCAAAAGAAUGUAGCAUCAAUGGCUGGAUAGAUUAUCGCGCAUAAUAGUAUCUUAUGGUUCAUAGCCUUUUCCAAAUUUUGGGCCGCAAUGAACGGGAUUGUUUCAUAAGUAUGCCCCACAUGACACUGUAUGAGUGUCGGUGCUUACAGCGCAUGGGCCUGUUCACGUUCAGCUGUUAGUUCAUAAAACAUGUAGGAAAUAGCAAAAAUAGACCUAUUAUCAAUCAUUGAAUCAUUAUAGCCAAAAUGUUAUUAUUAGGUAAAGAAUGGAUAAGAAGUUGGGAGGUUUAUUGUAAAACAUGCAGAUGUUGCAACCUAAAUUAAAUAUUCUUGUUAAUUUCUUGUUUUUCAGAUCCGGUGAAAAUAUUGUCUUCAGGAUCAUUCUGGACACACAUUUUAUUUCAAUGUUGUUUUACUAUUAAUGUAUUGUCAGAAGCAUUUUACUUUCAGAUUAAUAAACUAUAUUCACUUUAAAUCAUUAGGUUACUCUUCAUUGUUACUGCUCAAACUUUUGCUUCAAUUCCACAAAGUGUUGUUGCCUAAGAAAUCAUAGUGAUUUCUUUACCAUAAGAUAACAACUCUGUUUAAGAAAUAUUCCUACUUUAAUUUCGAUGAAAAUAUGUGAUCCUUAAAAAAAUAAACUGCACUUGGAUGCUGUUCACUGCGUUAAUUAGAAUAUUUCAACUUUACUAAUUUAUGUCAUUAAAAAUAUAUAUAUUUGGCCUUGUUUGUGAUGUGUCAUGAAUGUGGUUUGUUUUUGGCACCUCCAUUACUACCGAGGGACUCGGCUGUUGGAGAUAAUUGAAAAACUAGAACAAUACUGUCAACUUGCAGUUUGAGCUACAAAAGGGGGCCCGCUGGCUGGACGCCAGUUGCCCGUCCCUGCACGAAAGAAUAGGAAUCAGACCGGAUUCUUCUGGAUUACGACUUGUACUAACAAAGUUGUGUUGAUUGUAACUUUGGGCAAUAUUUUAGCAGCUGCAAUGUUUUCAGCUCCUCCGAUGAAUACUUGUAAGGUAAAAUGUAAAAGGAAAUGCUUCGAUUUCUGGCGCUAUGAAAAUGUACGCACUCACUAACUGUAAGUCGCUCUGGAUAAGAGCGUCUGCUAAAUGACUUAAAUCUAUACACUUACUAAGAAAAUAGUGUUAUGUGAAAAAUCUGAUAUAUGUCCUGUUUAUCAUAUGCAUUUCAAUAGACAUUUUCAGGUUUUGGCAAAUGCUGAAAUAUUACACAAAGGCAACUGGACAGAUGCAGGAUAAAAAAUAAAAAACUGGAUAAGGACAUAAAAAAUAAAAAAAUAAAAAGAUUAAUCCCAGUAAAUGGUCAUUGUAGAGUUGAUUUAGAGUAGUAACAGUGGUUGAAAGUGUGAAGUUUUACCGUUGUAGGGUAAUUUCUCCCCUCUUGGACUUUGAAAGUAAUAUAUAGUGCAUUCGGAAAGUAUUCAGACCCAUUGACUUUUUCCACAUUUUGUGAAGUUACAGCAUUAUUCUAAAAUGGAAUCUAAACACAGUACCCCAUAAUGACAAAAAGGCGAAAACAGGAUUUUAGAAAUGUUUGCACAUGUAUUAAAAAUGAAAAACCUUAUUUGCAUAAGUAUUCAGACCCUUUGCUAUGAGACUCGAAACUGAGCUCAGGUGCAUACUGUUUGCAUUGAUCAUCCUUGAGAUGUUUCUACAACUUGAUUGGAGUCCACCUGUGGUAAAUUCAAUUGAUUGGACAUUAUUUGGAAAGGCACACACCUGUCUAUAUAAGGUCCCACAGUUGACAGUGCAUGUCAGAGCAAAAACCAAGCCAUGAGGUCGAAGGAAUUAUCCGUAGAGCUCUGAAACAGGAUUGUGUCGAGGCACAGAUCUGGGGGAAGGGUACAAAAUCAUUUCUGCAGCAUUGAAGGUCUCUAAGAACACAGUGGCCCAUAAUUCUUAAAUGGAAGAAGUUUGGAACCACCAAGACUCUUCCUAGAGCUGGCCGCCCGGCCAAACUGAGAAAUCGGGGGAAAAGGGCCUUGGUCAGGGAGGUGACCAAGAACCCGAUGGUCACUCUGACAGAGCUCCAGAGUUCCUCUGUGGAGAUGGGAGAACCUUCCAGAAGGACAACCAUCUCUGCAGCACAUGAGAAACAAGAUUCUCUGGUUUGAUGAAACCAAGAUUGAACUCUUUGGCCUAAAUGCCAAGCGUCACUUCUGGAGGAAACCUGGCACCAUCCCUACAGUGAAGCAUGGUGGUGGCAGUAUCAUGCAGUGGGGAUGUUUUUCGGCGGCAGGGACUGUGAGACUAGUCAGGAUUGAGGGGAAAAUGAACAGAGUAAAGUACAGAGAGAUCCUUGAUGAAAAACAGCACCAGAGCGCUAAGGACCUCAGACUGGGGCGAAGUUAGUUAAUUAAAUUAAUAUGGCUUUUACCCACGCACCACUACUGGAUACCAAUGCUGUCUUUGCAUGUGCAGUGCAAACGUUUUCCUCUAACAAGAAUAUUGCAAUACAAUACAAUUCAUACAAACUAUGUUUUGUGCUUUUCAGAAAUAAUCUAACAACAUCAUGGCAAGAAUUGGAAUGAGGAACAUGCAUCACUGACCAUCAGGUUGACUCCGCCUCCACUACUGACCAUCAGGUUGACUCCGCCUCCACUACUGACCAGCAGGUUGACUCCGCCUCCACUACUGACCAGCAGGUUGACACCGCCUCCACUACUGACCAUCAGGUUGACUCCGCCUCCACUACUGACCAGCAGGUUGACUCCGCCUCCACUACUGACCAGCAGGUUGACUCCGCCUCCACUACUGACCAGCAGGUUGACUCCGCCUCCACUACUGACCAGCAGGUUGACUCCGCCUCCACUACUGACCAGCAGGUUGACUCCGCCUCCACUACUGACCAGCAGGUUGACUCCGCCUCCACUACUGAUUUGCUACAGCAGUAA